GGCUGGUUCGGGCUUGCACAGUCACAGCCGGCUCGGCAGCUCGCGCCGCGGGCGGCGCGAGCGCGAUGCCAGCACCGCGCGCGCCAGGCGAGCCGGGGCCCUCCGAAAGCUGCCCGGCUGGCGGGCAGCGCGGGCCAGAGCUCGCCAGGUUGGGGCAGGCGAGGCUCGUGUGCACCCGGGGGGCUUGCCGUCGACAGUAGACAAGGCGUACCUCUGACCUGCAGGCCCGCACAAGGCGAGGCCGCGCCGAGCGGUGAACAUCCGCCGGGCCGCGCCCCAGGGCGGAGCCCUGGCGGCACGAGCACGCCGCGUCGCCGGGGGCCCCCCCUCGGAGGCCCCCCGCGCGCGCGCGCGAGGCACGGGCGGCCCGCGCUGCCAGAACGAGGCGGCGGUGCCGGGCCGCACGGGGCGCCGCCGAGCGCGUCCGUCCCCCACGGACGGCGCACGGGCCCCGUGGUAGCACAUGCGUGGAGGGGGGGGGGCGUCGAGGAGGAGAGGCGGGGCGCGGCGAGGCGCGGCGAGGCGCGGCGGCACGCGCCGGGGCGCGGCCGCUGGCGAGAGCGCAGCGGGGUGGGGGGCCGCGACCCCCUCAGGCGUAGGUGCACGGGGCGCUCCAGAACGAGGGGGGGGAGAAGAGGGGGGAGAAGAGGCUGCAGGCGGAGAAGACGGUGGGCAGGCGGAGGCGGCGGGCAUGGCCGAAGUCGGGCGCGACACCGCCCCGGGUGCGCGCGCGAAGGGCUGCAAGAAGGAACGCGACUUCAAGAUCGCGGCGGCCAGGCUCUGCCGCGGGCCCCAUCGGGGGGAGCACCGCGCCCAGGCAGGAGAGGACGGGGAGGCGAAGGAGUAGGAGAGGGCGGGGAGGGAGGAGAGGGAGGAGGCGAAGGAGGAGGGGAGGAGGGGAGGGGAGGGAGGGGAGGGAGGGG